AGAGUAAAACCAUUAGAUAGAAAAUUUUUCCAAACGAGUGCAUUUUACCUAAGUACCUAUACGUGGCAUCAUGCGAUUUUGUCUUAUAUUUUUGUUUGUGAUCGGGGCGUGCACUGUGCUAGCUAGCCCACCAGAGGAACGGUCGUUAGUGCGACAAAGACGACAAACAGAUAUCCUAGAUAAUACCAGACGGUUAAUUGAAGAUCUCAUAGCGAAUUUACGUUCAGCCGCCGAAGAUGCCUUGGAGGCAGUCAAAAUUUUUGAAUCUGGUCUUCUAGAGCAAGCGAAACUUGUUCGUGAGAAAUUUCUUGAAGAUUUGCAGAGACUAAAAGAACGUAUCACUGAAACUAUACAAACAGUUGUUGAUAAAAUAACGGGUUCUGGAUUAGCAGUUAAGGAGUGUGUGAAUUCUUUUCGCGACAACGCAGCAGCUCUGUUCAACGAAACGUUGACUAAAUCUAUGGACUGUGCAGACGAUCGUAUCGCGGAGAUCAGUAUUCAGGUUCAAAAUCUAAAGAACUACUCUGAAGAAGCUCUUACCUUCGCUGACGCAGCACUAAGCGAGAUGAAGAAAUGCAUCGAUGACAAUCCAGGAAGCAUUUUUAGCGUCGGCUCCUGCCUUGGCCGGGUCGCUUUAAAAACCGAGGCGAAAAGUGUAGUUUUCGUCACACAGAGUGCUAUUUCGAUUGGUCGUGUAAAUCUUGCCUUGACCACUCUACCAGCAGCUCUCGAAGUUUGCGUUGGAACACACCUGGUCUCUGCAGGGCUGGCUACUACAAAAAUUAUUUUUGAAAUUGGGGGAUGCUCCGCGUCGUCAGUCUUCUCAAAUCUCAUUGGCAAUUCUGUAUGAUUUAAAACUUUAAAAUGUUACGAUUCCUCAAUAAAACAUCAUAUAAUACAACACAAGGCUGUAAUUUUAUAUCCAGUGAAAUUUAUCUUUUUUAUAAUUUCAGGAAAGCUACAUAAAAUAAAUGUAACAGGAGUCCAUUAACUUACACAUAAUUAUAACUACAUAGUAUAAAACAAAGUCGCUUUCUCCGUCUCUAUAUCCCUAUGUAUGCUUAAAUCUUUAAAACUUAGAUUAUACUUAGAUUUUGUACAAAUUGACGAUAUUACAACGAUAUUAAUUCAAUGUCGGAAAAAAUAAAGCCGAUCGGAAGCUUUACUCCAAAACGCUGCAAAAAACUUUUUAGUUAUAACAAAACAUUGUAUGGUGGAAUUGUACCUAUUUAAUAGAUCUACAAAACAGUCUGCGGUGGUAUAUGUCUAGAAUAAC